CGCGUGGACGCGGUACGCACGUGCGUACGUUCAGUCAGACCCACGCACACGACACACCUGGCACGCUGCAGAAACACAGUCACACGUUCGUCCACUCCUUUCCUGAGCCGAGUCGCUGUGUGGUUAGUCCUGGAGAUUUGCGGGUCGUUGCCUACAGUUUUCUAACCCCAUUUUACUAGUGUUAAAGACACCAUAUUCCGACGACGCCUGUGAAAUGCGCCUGGUCCCUCGGUUUAGAGCUGUUACGUUGGCACGUCUUUUUGAGAAACUUGUACAAUGUGGCUUAAGAGAGCUAACGAUGCCUGAGUCAUUCCAAACAGGUUGUCAGAGAAUUUUACCUUCACUCAAUCAUCUCUACUUACACAAGCGGUCAGGCAGUCAACAAAGAAGAAAUUUCUUUUUCUGGAGACAAAGGGAUGUCUCCCACAGUAUAGUUUCGCCGGCUGCUGUUUCUCCUGCACAUCCUGUCCCCAAGCACAUAAAGAAGCCAGACUAUGUGACGACAGGCAUUGUGCCCGACUGGGGAGACAGCAUAGAAGUUAAGAAUGAAGAUCAGAUCCAAGGGCUUCGGGAGGCUUGUCAGCUGGCCCGGCAUAUCCUUCUGCUGGCUGGGAAGAGCUUAAAGGUUGACAUGACAACAGAAGAGAUAGACGUACUAGUUCAUCGGGAAAUCAUCAGUCAUGGUGCAUAUCCCUCACCUCUGGGCUAUGGACGCUUUCCAAAAUCUGUUUGUACCUCUGUUAACAACGUGCUCUGUCAUGGCAUUCCUGACAGCCGACCUCUUCAGGAUGGAGACAUUAUCAACAUUGAUGUCACGGUCUAUUACAAUGGCUACCAUGGAGACACUUCUGAAACCUUUUUGGUGGGCAAUGUGGAUGAAUGUGGUAAAAAGUUAGUAGAUGUUGCCAGGAGGUGUAGAGAUGAAGCGAUUGCAGCUUGCAGAGCUGGGGCCCCCUUCUCUGUAAUUGGAAACACAAUCAGCCGCAUAACUCAACAGAAUGGUUUGCAAGUCUGUCCACAUUUUGUGGGACAUGGGAUAGGAUCAUACUUUCAUGGGCAUCCAGAAAUUUGGCAUCAUGCAAAUGACAAUGACCUGCCCAUGGAGGAAGGCAUGGCUUUCACUAUAGAGCCAAUCAUCACUGAGGGAUCCCCAGAAUUUAGAGUCUUGGAGGACAAGUGGACGGUGGUCUCCCUAGACAACCAAAGGUCUGCGCAGUUUGAGCACACAGUCCUCAUCACUUCAAGAGGCGUGGAGAUCCUAACCAGAUUGCCUCAAGAAGCCUGAGAAGCAGCCAGCAAGGCCACCAAGACCCAGUGCCUGUUUUCUUAAGGAGCCCUUUGAGGACUGAGGAACCAACCACAGGCCACAUAGGAGUCUUCAGUGUCUCAGAGAAAAAUACAUCGAGGACAGGGCUUUGGGGACCCUGGAGAACCAUCUUCCUGGGCAGGUGGUUUGCCCUUUCUGUGAUUCUCAUUCUAAUUUCCCUGAAAUCCAUUUCAGAUUCUACCCAAGUUAAAAAAUGAAACAAAAACCAAAAAAACUCUUAAA